GCUGGGGUGAUUCAGCAUAAACUUCUUUGCAGCACUAGUCAGUGCUUCCCCGCACAAUCAAGAAGCACCACUCCAUGAAAAAAUCGUAAUGUGCCUUGCAGGAGAAUCUGACCUUGGGGAAGCACAUUUGCCUUUGGACACAUUCAGGGGAGCAGCAGCAACAUGGCUGCAGGGUACAGCCACCCCUUCGAAAAGGGUCAGUGAACUCCCAUGAUAGGCCCCAAGGAGAAGAGAUUCAGACAGUCUGAGGAAUCAUCAUGCAAGAUCAAAAUGCCCUGGAUGUAGUGCUCCUUUCUUGCCUCCAAGGUGUCAGUUGCCUAUUCAGCUCCUGCUUAGCUGAAAUUAGCUUGAUAUCGUGCCAUUAGUGCAGAUCGCCUGGAUAUAUAUGAAAACUGUGCUGGUAGGUCUUUCAGUUUUGAGGAAUAAAGCAUAAUCUCCAUAGAUUGCUUAAGAAAUAAAUUUGGUAUCUAUCUGUUUCCAUCCCCAGUCACCAUUACUGGAUCUCCAGACCCUUGAAGAAAAUGACUUCUUUUGCUGCAUUUGCUCAGCACAUAUGGACACAUUUUGUGGGCGAAAAGAAGUCUGGCUGGAAGGGCUGGUUGUGCCUGUUUGCGAUCUGCAGUUCCGUCAGUUUGAUGGUGAAUGUGUUCCUGUUCCUAGCAGGGUAUUCCUUCCUAGUGGACUACCCCACGUUCUCUGCAGUCGCACCCACGUUCCUCUGGAUUGCCCUUUCCAUGGGUUUGUUUCUGUCCAGGCACCUGCGAUGCUUUGCUGCGCUUUUCUUCCUUUCCUGUGGUCUGCGUGAAGGAAGGAAUGCCCUGAUCGCUGCCGGGACUGGGGUGGUGGUGGCUGGCAACAUCCAAAACAUUUUCCACAACCUAAAUCAGCUGGUAGAUAGCAUCACUUGCAUCCUUCAGUCGCAGCGUUUCUCCUUCCUCGGCCACUACAUCAAAGCAAUUCGGUGGAUAUACAAUCAGAGCAAGAUCUUGGGCAACCCGUUCAAAGACGUUGUGUCAGUGAAGGACAAGCUGAAUGUGUCUUACGCCGUUUCGGACGAAGGCUUGAAGCUGAGGUUGAGUGAGACGAGGCUCCACAUCCAGAAUGUUGCCAGGCAGAUCUCCUCCAUAUUAGCCCUACAGCCCUACUUGGGCAAGAAAGUGCUUCCUCUGCUGGGGGUUCUUUUCAUCGUUCUUGGGACAUUACACUUCAUGAGGAAAUUCCUGAGUCCCCACAACAUCAAGUUUAAGAACACUUACAUUACGAAAUCGUUUAUUCGCUACGAUGAGCGGCAGCGGCAGCGAAGGAAGCUCUGCGCCCUUCCCCUCAGCAAAGAAGAAAGAGAGCUAUACACAAUGGUUCCAUCCUUUUGCCAGACCCGGAAAGAAAGGAAAUGCACGGCACGCUUUUUUCUCCCUGUGCUUGCUAACCUUUGCAUCUGGGCUCUCUUUGCAGCAGUAGAUUAUUUGCUUUACUGGCUCAUUUUUUCAGUGAGCAAGCAUCUCCAAGAUUUCCCUGAGCUAGAGGUCCAUUUGAAAUUGUAUUACCAUAAAAAUUCCGACAAAUUCAUAUUCAACCAUGGGGAGAUUGUGGACAAUAAGACUUCCUUCAGCAGCCCUCUCUUUGAGCAUGCCUGUAUUCCCAGACCAAAUGUUCCCCACUCAGCAACUUGGAUCCAACUGGGUGUCAUCAUCUUCUUUUUAACAGUGCUUGGGCUGUGCGUCUCUACAUUUACGCAACUUAAAAUCCUAGUGGCAACAUCAUUCUAUCCUAGCACAGACAUGAAACGGAUAAAGUACCUGCACUCAAAAUUACUAAAGAGAAGAUCAAAGCUCCCCGAGAGGAAUGAGAAGAGGAAGCUGAAUUCGUUUGCAAUGUUACAUUUCUGGUUCCCAAUCCUUGGGGCAAUGAGGAGUUCCAGGAAGAAACAAACAGAGGUGGCAAAAGUCGGCAGCGUUUAACAAUGCAAAGGAAAUCUCUAUGAAGAAAUCCAUGGUUUUACAAGUGAUUAAACGGUCUGAUGCA